ACCGUCACGUCUGUUGUUCUUCCCGCACCCAUACGACGGCUCGUCUUCGUCGGGCAGCGCCGAGCUCUCCGGGUCUCUUCCGUGUCUCCCGCGGGAAUGCCCCGACGACGACAACAACACGGCUGAACAACGGCGAACGGCUGGACGAUGGCUUCCGUGCGGAUGGUGCGCAAAGUUGCGGCGAGACUUUGGGGAAGUGUUCGCCCUCUUCCCCGCGGCCCCCCGAGCGCCCGGCCGCCCGCGUCUCUCCACCGGGUUCAGCAGAGGCAGCCUCUACUUGGAAAUUGCCAAGCUCUUUUCUACAGUACACUCCCACCAUCCAGUGAUGUGUCUUUGAAGUACAAAUAUGGCCGCUUGGUUCUGGAGGUCCCGUUGCCGUCCAGGAAUGAGAAGUGUCUGUUCUUCCUCAGACCCAUGCUGAUGAGUGUGGGAGACCUGAUCAAAGAUCUGCAGAGAGAGGACCCUGGAGCGGCUGCUUCCAUUUUCUCCAAGGAUGGAGAGCAUGUAGGCAGCACCACGCUCAUAGACGCUCUGCUUGACAAGGACUUCCAGCUCGUCCUCAACGACGCAGUAUAUGAUGUCAAAGCGCCUGAAAAGGUGUGUACGUCCAGUGAGCACGUCAUGGAGCUGGAGGACAUGAAGCAUGUCGUGCAUCUGCUGCACACGGCGCUGCACAUGCCGGAACACCACCUGCUGAAGGAGAGGGAGCUGCUGGAGAAACUGGACAACCUCAAACAGGAACUUACACCUCUGGAGAAGAUGAAGCAGCAGCUGUCCAACACAGCACAGUUCCACACCUCCAGGGUCGUCUGGACCGGCAUGGCCCUGUUAUCUGUGCAGGGUGGUGCUCUGGCCUGGCUCACCUGGUGGGUCUACUCGUGGGAUGUAAUGGAGCCCGUCACUUACUUCAUCACCUACGCCACCAGCAUCGGAGUCUUCGCCUACUACGUCCUCACCAAACAGGAUUAUGUGUACCCAGAGGUCAAAGACAGACAGUUCCUGCAUUACUUUUAUAAGGGAGCCAGCAGGAAACAAUUCAGUGUGACAAAAUACAACGAAUUGAAGGAGGAACUGGCUCAGGUGGAGGAGGACCUGAGACGCCUGAAAUACCCAACUCAACUUCAGCUGCCACUCGAACAGAUCCUGCCAAAGCCUUGAGCGAAGUCAAGCCAUGAAGAGUCGUCACUCACACCCACACGCAAGGAAGCAAAAAAAAUAUAUAUAAUUCUGCUUUAUUUUGAUAAUGGCCCCUUUUUACCAGGAAUCCAUGUCAUGUCAUUCUGUGUUCUGUUUACAAUCUUGAUAACGAUGCCAAUAUCUUUGAGAACAAUAAUAACACCAAGGACUGUUGAAAUAAAAAGUAUUUCCCCAACAUUGGGAGCAUCUCCA